AUGAGGGGGCCUAUGAGCAAAUACAGUGCGAAAUGGGCGAUUGGUGUUGCAUUUAUAAUAACUGUUAUAUACGCAUGGAUUUCCUACUAUGAUUUUGAUAAACUAUAUGAAACUAUAUGGUUUAAAAGAACCGGAAAGAACGUUAUUGUGCCGUCUGAACUAAGAAAAGAUGUUAUGUGGUCCAAGAUUGAGAGGAAGCCAAAGCCAGAAAAUAACGAAAUUUACGCGAAGUGGAUUGUUGUAACUUCAGUGGCACCUCCGACAGAUCAGGUAAAAAAAUUAUCAAAGAUUAAAGGAUGGAAACUUAUCGUCGUGGCUGACACAAAGACACCUGCAAACUGGGA